AAGUAAGCAGAUCACCCCAGUCUCAGGAAAGAGCACCAUACAGUGAGAGGAUGAUAAGAAUGAUAGAGACCAGUAGAGCUGAACCACAUUCAGUCGAGUUUCAGUCUGGUCCAAAGGGUGGAAGUGGCUCACUAAGUUUCUCAAUCCAACCAAUGCCACAGCAGGGAUCUGAGAAAGAUGUUUCAGGCAUUGAACAGUCUGCUUUGGGUGCUGGGCCAAGCCUUGUAACUAAGCCUCUGCCUAACUCUGCUGAAGGUGGUGAAAUUGCCCCCCAUGUUCAUAGCACUACCCAAAUGCCAGUAUUGGGAGAAUCACAGGCCCAUGUGGCAGGACUGCCCCAUCAUACACCUGGAAUUUACCCGCAGUUUUUGGCACGGCAUUCAACAGACCAGUCUCUCCUUAAUAAUAACCAGACAAGAACUAGAAACCCACAAAUAUCAGGCACAAGGUCUCAAAUGAGGCCAGAUGUGAACAGUCAAAACCUAUUUCUUGUUGGUCACACAUACCCGAAUCAUAGAAACAUGCCGACAGAGCAAGAUGACACAGCUGGAUGGCCAUCUACCAUGGAAAGAAGGAGAAUCACAGAGAGAUGGUGUUAUUGCUUCAGAUUAGUGGAGAAUGAUGAUGAUUUAAGACCAAUCUGUGAGUUAUGUCUUAGACAUCGUUACCGGGGACCUAGAACUUGUUCCCAAAUGAACCAGCAUGUGUGCUGCUAUUGCUUUCAGGACGGUGUGGGUGACUUUUUGAGCUUGCCAUGCCAUCAUAAGUUCCACAGGGACUGCAUAAUUGCAGCAAUUCAAUUAAACAUGUUGAAUUGCCCAAUUUGUGGACAAGCCUUUUUGCAUUUGCCUUAAUUAAGAAAGCAGUCACACCUGUGUUGGGAAUAUGAAGAUAUUCCUGGCCAUACCUGAACCAAACACCAUUUGUCUACACAGAAAGGAGGUUAACAUGUGUUAUACAAGAUGUUAAAGCUGAUUUGUUACACACAGUUUAAAAUUUUUUUCUUCAUAGAAGCAGCUUAAACCAAUGUCUGCUCACUUAAAAUGUAGCACACUGAAAAUACAAGUCCAUACUUAAUUAAUUUAUUCAGUAAAACAAAGUUGUAUGUUUUAUAUGUAUGUUGAGUUAAGAUUUCAGAGUAAAAGGUUGAUAAAAAUCAUUAGAAGACAAUGCCAAUUACAAUUUUAAAUUACCAGUAUGUAGGCCAAGAUGUUUGUACACUUUUUGUGACAAGUUUCUGUAGAAUUGAUACUAAUUAUUUGUAGCAUUGAUAUGAUGUUUACAACAUUUGUUACAGAAGAUAUUUUAUAAAGCAGCACAAAGCACAAAGUUAUGAAUUAUGUCAAUAUAUGAAAUGACUCUUACAGUCAUGCAUGUGCAAUCCCACAUUGGUCAAAAUUUGUGGUGACCGCUGGGGAUAGUGACAAAUAUGGUUGUCGCCAAGAGCACAGACUACACUAAACCACUUUUGCCACACUCGGUUCAUAUGUGAUGACCUUGAGCCAAAUAUUUCCCUGUUCGUCCCUGCCACUUAGUAACUAAGUACAUAUUGUUUAUUACAUCUGUCUUGAAAUCACUGGUGAUCCUUGCAAUCUGAGUAAUAAAAACUUAUUCAUUGACAAUGAAAAUAUUUUAAGGUUUUUUAAUUUGGGUGGCCUUUUGUGAAGUACAACACUUAACUGUCCUGCAAUUUAUAUUGAGAAAUAUUAAGUAAGAAAUAAUUUUUUCUGCUAUUCACUUUAAAAACCAUUUUUAACUAUUAUUGAUUCUUAGAUUAGCCUCUGUAUUGAUUAAAAUAAAGGACUUUAACUUAAAAUGCAAUUAAAAACUUUCACAGGUGAACUGCAAUUUG